AUGGCGCUUUAUCCACGAUCGAUACGCAAGAGAAAGAGAGUAGACAAGUACAUGAAGAACGUAAAGAGCUUGAUAACAAGCCAGGACCCAAACGACGUCGUAUCAGCUCUCAACCUCUUAAACUCAACGCUUUCUCUCUCUCCUCGCCACGAACUCGCUCUUGAACUCAAAGCCAGAUCGCUUCUCUACCUUCGUCGCUUCAAAGAAAUCGCCGAUUUGCAUCCCAAGUCUCAGAGCUCAUAG